UUCUUCUUGACCUUGUCUCCAUAGCUUGGUAUAUUGUAGAAAGCUGUUAAUCAGGACAAAACUGUCUAGCUUUUUGUAGUACCUUGUAUACAGAUGAUGAUGUUUACAACCUUUGACCCAUCACAUAGUUGAUAAGAACUAUGUUUUCCUGAAAAUAAAUCUGUAGUCUGGACUCAAAGAUCAAGUUGAAUUACUGCUUAGAUAGCUGAAAUGGGUAGGAUUGAAGCCAGUGAACUUAGUGGAGGGCAGCCAAUGGCUCAACCUGUUGGCAUGUCCCCAGUAAUUCAGCAGCCACAGCUUCCAAGCAUUCAAGGUGGUUUUUAUCAAGACCAUGCCACUAGUGGGAUGGUUGAGAAUUUUGUGAACGGACGUCCCUGGACCACAGGCUUAUUCGACUGCCAUGAACAUAAAACAAAUGCUGUUAUGACAACAUUUUUCCCCUGUGUUACGUUCGGGCAGAUAGCAGAGGUAAUGGAUGAAGGAGAAAUGACUUGUCCUUUGGGGAGCUUUAUUUACCUGUUGAUGAUGCCUGCUUUGUGCUCUCACUGGAUUAUGGGCUCCAAGUAUAGAGCAAAGCUGAGAAGGAAAUACGACCUGGUAGAAGCUCCGCAUCAAGAUACCGUCUCUCACAUCUUUUGCCCAUGUUGCUCCCUCUGUCAGGAAUUCAGAGAGCUAAAAAUCAGAGGACUUGAUCCUGCUCUUGGAUGGAAAGGAAUCCUUGCUCAACGACAGGGAGGACAGAAUCAAGACCAAGAAUUAAAGGUUCCUCCAAAUCAAGCCAUGUUCAAGUAAAAAAUGAUGGUUCAAGUUUCCUAAAGUGUACUGGGUUUCUAUUUUCUAUUUCAAAUUCUGAAGUUUUGAGUGUCUGUUUCUUCAAGAGGAAAAGGGUCUUGUAAAUAAACAAGGCUUAUAUCUCCAAAUGUUACAAAUAAUGUGUAUUGAUUCCUUGUAUCUCAUCUUUAUGACUUUGGAUUAGGGAUAAUGGUGUGUUGAUUCCUUACAUCUCACUUUUAUGA